AUGGCUGACUGGGACCAAGUGACCAAGAUCGGCAAGUCCGUCCGCGGCGGCGUCGGCGAGCGCGAGACCGUCGUCAAGGGGAAGAGCGCUCUUAACGCCGCCAUGCGAAGCGGCGCCGUCGUCGGCAGCGAGAAGAAGUACGCCAUCGGCAACGCAGCCAAGACAGGCGGCGAGGGCCAGCGCAUGACAAAGGUGGACCGCAGCGACGACAUCGUCAAGCCCAAGACGGUGGGGCCCAAGGUGGCCGAGGCCAUCAAGGCGGCGCGCAACGCCCAGACCCCGACCAUGACGCAGAAGGAGCUCGCCACCAAGUGCAACACGACGCCCACCGUCAUCGCCGACUUCGAGCGCGGCACCGCCACCCCGGACCAGAAGGUCCUGGGCAACCUCGAGCGCGUGCUCAACGUCAAGCUGCGUGGCAACGACAUUGGCCAGCCCAAGUUCCCCAAGAAGGACGCCGCCAAGAAAUAG